GUCAUUACCAACAUCGUCAAACUUCAUCCUUUGCUCUUUAACCCCAAACCACCAGUGAUACCUGACCUUUGUCACCCACCUCCUUUCUGCCCGUCUUUUCAUCUGCUUUCGAAACACACAACACACAUGUCGUUCACGAUCACAUUACGGCAGGGCCCAGCCCGCCUGGCGACCCGCCUGCCCGAACUCUCGCAGACCGUGGCAAAGUCGUCACCUCUCACCUCCUCCAUCGCCACCCGCGCGUUCCACCGCUCCAGCCGACAACAGAAUGCCUUCUUCACGAGCAAAAACACCCUGCUGACCUCGUCUCUCGCGCGGUCCGCGCCCAAGACCACCCUCACGGCCCGCCUCAUCGCCGCAGGUGGCAAGCGCGGCUACCAGAGCCAGGCGGCCCCGGCCGCCGACAACACCUCGACCGUGCGGAAACUGCUGGUCGGCGGUGCCAUCUUCGGCGGCACCCUCGUCGCCAUCAACGCCGUCUUCAACCGAGAGACGCGAGAGGACGGCGGCAUGCCCCCCUUUGAGCGGUCAUAUCUGAACAACACCUUCCUGCACACGGGCCUGGGGAUCGGCAUCAUCGGGCUUACGGCGCGGCAGAUGGUGCAGAGCGGGUUUGUGUACAGGCUGAUGGUGACGAGCCCCUGGGUGGUCGCGAUCGGUGGCCUUGCGCUGAGCUUUGGAACCAUGAUCGGAACCAGGGCCAUCGAGCCGGACAACUACAUCCCCAAGUACGCACUCUGGACCGCCUUCAACGCCACCCAGGCCGCCUUCAUUGCCCCCCUCCUCGCCUUCGCCCCCGGCGCGCUCAUCGCCCGCGCGGGCCUGUACACCGUGGCCAUGAUGGGCUCCAUCUCCGUCGUCGGCGCGACAGCCAAGCAGGAGAAGUACCUGUACAUCGGCGGCCCUCUCCUCGCCGGCGCCGGGCUCGUCAUGGCCUCCGGCCUCGCCCCCCUGAUCAUCCCCGCGACCGCCGUGCGAACCCUGGCCUUCACCGAGAACAUCUGGCUGUACGGAGGCCUGGCCGUGUUUGGCGGCUUCACGCUCUACGACGUCCAGAAGGUGCUCCACCACGCGCGGCUUGCUGAGCGGGGCGUGAUCAAGCGGGACCCUGUCAACGAGAGCAUCUCGCUGGAGCUGGACUUCCUCAACAUCUUCAUCCGGAUGGUCCAGAUCCUGAUGAUGCAGCAGAACAGGAGGAAGUAAGGUGUGUGUGUGGGGUUGAGUCGAGCUAGUCACGGCAACGCAUAUUGUCGUGGCGCUGUACUUCAUCUUUAAUAGGUUUUUCUGCGAUGGGCUCCUAAUGGGGCAAUCAGGAUUUUAGCACUCUCCUCUCUCCUCCCAGCGGUGCUGUACUGCACCAAUCCACAGUAUCGAGGCAGAUAUCCAGUGUGUAACACAACACAUCAAUAAAUCAAAAGCCAAAUUUCAAACG